AUGGACCUCGUUUGGAGCGGUUACGUGGUGGACACUCCCGGAUGCAAAAUGCCCUUCUACGACCCGUACCACUGGACCGUCAAAUGGAGCACGCUGAAAACACCGUUCAAUUACGAAGGCUACUGCGUCAAAGUUACGAGACCCAAAGCACUGCGCCAAGCUAUCGACGUCUUCAACCUGGAUGAAGAAGUGCUCCGAAGGGAGUACAAUGCGAGCACCAAUGACAUCGGCUGCUACUAUCAGGCGGUGCUCCGAAACGUGUCUGCGGUAAACCCGGACUCCAAGCCAGUUUUGGGACCUCCAGUCCAACUCGUCUUCGGCCAGCCUCUGCGACAAGACUACGUCCGCAUCUCGUGCGAAGCACAAGGCACGCACCUCUUCUCCGAGUACUUCUUCGUGCCGGUGGAAAAGAGAGACGCGAGCGAGCCCCUAUCUCCAGGACAGCUUAGCGUCCUAAUCCUGGGCGUGGACUCGACGUCCCGGAUCAACUUCAACCGCCGCAUGGCCAGAACUCGAAGGUUUCUGGUGGAGGAACGGGGCGCCUACGAGUUCCUCAUGUACAACAAGGUGGGCCAUAACUCGUUCCCGAAUCUCGUGCCCCUGCUGACGGGCAUAUCAGGCGCCGACAUGUCGCGCCUGUUCAGGAACAAUCACUACGACACACUGCCGGCCAUCUGGAAGGUCUACAAGUCGCUCGGAUACGCCACGUUCUUUCUGGAAGAGAUGGCCACCUGGGCAGUCUUCACGGGUGCACUAGGUUUCAAGGAGGCGCCUACCGAUUACUACGCGCAUCCCAUGAUGCUACUGAUGGACACGAACACCUCGGAUCCCGUGGCGUGCAUGGGCGGCCGCCUGAAGUCAAAGGAGGUGCUCAAUUACCUCGCCAAGGUGCUCGAGUUGCACGAAAAGCGGAGGCUGUUCGCCUACGCCUGGCUGUCGUACAUGUCCCACGACAGCAUCGAACAGGUGGCGUGCAUGGACGAGCCUGUCGAGUUGUUUUUCAGGAACCUCGCCGGCAGAGGUCUCCUGGACCACACGGCCGUCGUGUUUCUCAGCGAUCACGGAAUGCGGCAGGGAACGUUUCGCAGGACGGAGGUAGGCCGGCACGAGGACAAGACGCCGUUCUGCCUGUGGGUCCUGCCUCGCGGCUUCCUCGACAGACACCCCGAAGUCGCCGCCUCGCUGGAGGUCAACCAGCGGCGUCUCGUGACCACGUACGACUUUCACGCCACGCUCCUAAGCCUCGCCUCCCUUCCAAAACUGAGCGUGGUCCCGUCGAACAAGGGCUUGAGCCUGUUCCGACCCGUGCUGCCAGAGAGGACUUGCGAGGAGGCCUUCGUGCCGCAAGCCUUCUGCGCGUGCGUCGGUGCCGAGAAGAAGCUGGACGACGCGUCGUUGGGCCGGUCGUUUGCCCUCUUCGCAGUCGCCCACAUCAACGCCGUGGCGGAGGCACGGUUCCCGGGCAAGUGCGCCGCCUGGCGUUUGGACAGCGUUGAUGAUACCAGCUCGUUCGGAGGACGCUCGGCGGGCAAGGUGCUGGUACGCGUCUCGUUUAGGACGUCGCCCGAAGCCUAUUUCGACGUCUACGGCGGCAUCCGCAACGCCUCGUCCUGGGAAAAGCACGUCGACUAUGUGGACCGCAGCGACAGCUACGCCAACAAAACCGCCUGCCUGGAGAAGAGCUCUUGGGCGAAGUUUUGCAAUUGCAAAGACCAGACAUAA